AUGACGCUGUUACAGUGUAUAUUAAUAUUUAAUGUCUGGACAUCUUUAACUGGUGGAACUGUACAAUUUGAGUCGCAGUUGUGUAAAAUUUGUGAAUGUCGAAGCAAAGAGGGACUAACCGGUAUUAUAGUGGAUUGUUCUAGCCGUUCAUUAAAAGAAAUUCCACCUAAUGUACCAGAAAACACAACUUGGCUAAUCCUUCAAGACAAUUUAAUUGAAAAUAUAACAGAUUAUACAUUUAACGGAAGCAAACUUUCCUUUCUAGAUAUUUCCAACAAUCGUAUAACACGGUUAAAUCGUUUUAGUUUUUUUGGAUUGGACACUCUGAUCACACUGGACCUUCACAGCAACAAUAUUAAUAUGGAACCUGAAAACUAUCCGAUUGGAGUGUUUAAUUCUCUUGUAAAUCUCCAAACUCUGGACAUCUCUUCAAACAAUGCAGGAUCUAUCGUGGAAUAUCCAAAUGAAAGCUUCUCGACUUUGUGGUCCCUUGAAACUUUAAAGUUGGAUGGCUUACCCGGUAUAACUCUUGGAAAAGGUUUUUCAAAUCUUACAAACCUUAAAUUCCUAAAUUUUACAGGUAACUGUAACACCCAAAAUAUUACAAACAAUUCUUUUACCAACGUCCCUAACAUAGAAAUACUAGUGCUGAGUAACUGUCAAAUCACACAAAUUGAUAGUUUUGCCUUCAGCAUGUUUUCGAAAUUACAAUUUCUCGACCUUUCUGGUAACAGGAAACUUGGAUUUGAUGCCGCAACUUUGCCUUUAAAAAACUUAAAUAGUGCAGCCUUUCGCAUUCUCAAUAUAAGUUGCAUUUACGAAACCUUUGGUCUCGGGACUGAAGUAACUUCAGAUCAAGUUUAUAGGUUCAAGCAUCUUAACAUCACGGAACUCUAUCUAGAUCACAACAGGAUUCAACUCUUUGAAGAUGGAGUUCCUUAUAACCUAUCGUCUACUAUUAAAAUAGUAAGUAUUACGGAUAAUAUACCGAUAUUUGGGACUUAUAUGUUAGAAUUCAAUGUUUUAAAAAAUAUUAUAUGUAUUGAUGCCAGUUAUCAGUACUUUUCACAUCUUCCAAUGACCCCUGUUUAUGAAAGUUGCGAUAUAAUACCCGACAGACAUUAUUUCCACAACAACUGUCCGUAUUUUAAUGAGACAAUCAUCCAUCACUUGUCAAAUAAGCACCCUCACGACGACAGUGAUCUCAUAGAAGAUCAGGUUUCGGAUACCGAUACACAUAUUUCACUUUUGAGUUGGUUGACUAAAAGCGAGGAGGAAAGGGAUCAAUAUAUAAUCGGAGUUUCACCUAACAUACAGUACAUUAAUGUAAGUCACAUGAAACUUGGAUGUACCAUUCCACGAAUGACGUUUGCUACAAACCGAGUGAAAAUUCUUGAUUUCUCAUCAAACAUUGUAAAUAAAUGGCAUGGUCCAAUUUUGGGAAUUACCAGCCUGGAAUGGCUCAGCUUGUCCAACAACUUCUGUGACGAAAUAAAUGAAGAUUUUUUUAAGGGAUCAAUUAAUCUUCUUUCUUUAUACAUUGGUUCAAAUUUUUUAAGUUUUACCUUUGCAUCUGACAUCAGUGGAAGUAUAUUUAAACCAUUAAGUAAGCUGGAAAUAUUGGAUAUAUCUGACAAUCAAAUAACGGUUCUACCAUCGGUAUUUCUACACGCGCAGAUAAAAUUAAAAUAUUUAGAUUUAUCCAACAACAGAAUGAAGCAAUGGACGUUGGAUAUUGAUCACAUGAACUACUUAACAUUCAUCGAUCUUGGCAACAACAGUUUAUCUACUCUUCCACUGUCUUUAAGGAAAUUUGGUGAUCUGCAAAAGGCAAAGGGGACAAUUUUGACGAUAAACUUGCUCGGUCAGACUCUGCUCUGUACUUGUCAAAACCUCGAUUUCUUAAAAUGGAUGGAAACUAACACAACCAAUUUCGUCAGAAGAAAUGAAUACACCUGUGAAAACCUGCACGGAAAAAUGAUCCAAUUGAACGACCUGAAGGCGAUAGUUCUAAACCUAGAAAAGGAAUGUGCCUCGUGGACAGUUAUGAUUGUUGUAUUGACCAGCAGCAUGGCAAUAAUUAUUACGGUUAUGGUAUCUAGUGUAAUAUAUAGAUAUCGCUGGAAACUCCGAUAUCUUUAUUAUGUAAGGCGUAACAAAUACCGUCAGUAUGCUGCUCUUGCUAAUGAUCUUGAUAACCAGUUUGACUUCAAUGCUUUUAUUUCCUAUGCGGACGAAGAUCGGCGGAUUGUCGUUACAGACAUGAUUGAAAAGCUUGAAACGCAACAAGGAAUGCAACUCUGUAUUCACCACCGUGAUUUCUUGGUAGGGGAGGUAAUUGCUGCUAAUAUAUCCAACGCAGUGAGAAACAGUAAGAAAACUCUGAUUCUGUUGACGAAGAAUUUUCUGAAGAGUUAUUGGUGCAUCUAUGAAUUGAAUAUGGCUUUAAUGGAAAGUAUUAGCACUGGCAGAAAUGUUGUAAUUGUUAUAAUUUACGAACAUAUUCCCGUUAAAGAUUUACCGCACGAGCUCAUUCAGCUAAUGAGAAAGGAUUCUUAUGUAGAAUAUACUGAUGAUCCCGAGGGUAAUAUUGUCUUUUGGGACAGUCUUACAAAAGCUAUUAAUGCUGAUUAAGAUUUUUCAAAGUCUGUUCUUUUGCAAAAGUACACACAUUUUGAUAUGGCAAUUUGGAGAGUUUAUGGAUGCUUGUAUAGUUUGCGUUUGUUGCGGAUCCUUUUUAAGGAAAUUUCCUCGGAGCACGUCCCCCUGGCAACGUUAAUUCUAGGUCUCUAGCGUCAAUUUGGCUUAUAACUAAGUCUGAUCCGGCAGAUUUUUUUUUUAAUUUGAUACCUCCUCAAGUAGAUUCAUCAGUAAUUAUUGUUUAGCAAAACCAGGUUGUGUAUGUGUUUUAUCCGAUAUUAAUGAAACUUAGUAUAUUGUGGAAUUAUAUCCGUUAUAUUCCAUAUGAGUUCCAAUAUAAAUGUGGUUUCGUCAAAUAUGUAUUCAUUAAUUAACUUACAUAAUAAUGAUACAUGUACUUAAACCCUGAAAAAGUAACACCCUAAAUCAGUCCUUGUUUGAAUGCAUUUCCGAAACCACAAGUAGGCCUGUCUGUGAUGGCGAUCACUUGUAAAAUUUUAGCAGAAAAUGAUUUGAAACUGGGUUUAACAUCUAACUUUUCUGCACCAACAGGUAUAAUGAACACGGGCAUACGUCAUACAGUAUGACGUAAAUUUUGCUAGGAUUGGGACUAACCAGUUUCAUUCAUUGAUAUUUAUCUGGGAUUUCUACUUUAAAGGUCUUUACAUCCCAAAAUAUGUUUUAAAGGAUAGGAAGGCAAUGGCGGUUUUCGCAACUGUUUAUCAAUAACGCUCAGUAAGUAAUAGAUAUGGAUAACACCCACAAAUUAUAUUAUACUCUUAUGUAUUAUUUUUUAAAAUAAUAUUUAAUAACGGCAAAAAAAAAAGAAAAAAAAAGAAUACAGUGUAUUCAUGGAUUGGUAAUUAAUAGAAUUUAAAGAUACAUUAUAAAAGAGCAAAAUCUGCCUAGUGCAAGUCUUUAUUAGACUUCAGAUGUUAUAGAGAUUAUUAAUUAGACCUUUACUUACACGACAAGCUCAAAAUUAAGUCUGUAGACCCACAGCUGUUUGGAUUUAAACAGUCGUCCAAUUAAAAUUAAAUCAAUAAUUCGCGGACAAAGCUAACGUUUACCGUUAGUCGCCGAUGUCACUACCGGAAACUGGUGAUGAAGGGUCUGCCAAGCGAGGCUACCAUAACCAUUAAGCAAGUAAUUUGACUGAAACUUUCAACAUUUUCUUAUUUUAUCAUCAAUUUUUGAAUUAUUAUAGCAAGAAUGGCCAACUCUUUACAAAACUCUUAACUAAUGUAUCUUUAAUAAUUGCAAACAAUACACAUGUACAUAUAUUCAAUAAUAUUUAAUAACUGCAAACAACAUGUGUUUUGAUGUUUGAAAAUAGUUAAUAAUUGUAAAUAUCCUUUAUCUACAUGUAUAUAUAUAUAUAAUUAUUAAUACUUGUAAUAUAGUCCUUUUACUUAGUAUUGGGUUGUAUUGGGUAAUAGUUAAUACAAUAAUAGCUAAAACAUGUAUUUAAUAACGGUAGAUAUGAUAUUAAAGAAACUGUGUAGUCGUGCCUAUUGUUUUCUUUAAGGUGAUGUUAGAGGCCACGUGUAUACAACCAUUGUUCAUGGCAAAUAUUAAAUCUUUCCACGAAAACUCGUUUUUAAGAUGUUUGUCCAAAUGUUUAAAGCGGAAAUUGCAAAUUUUUAAGUUAUAAUUUUAAAAUUUAUUAAAAUAAAGCCUGAAAAUAGAUGGUAUCCAUAAACAGUCCUACCUUGUUAAAGAAUAAUCCUAUUAAUCCUAUAAUUCACUAUUGCCAGCUGAGAAAUUGGCAAAAAUAUCAUUUUCCUCUUCAUUUUCAAACGUUUGAAUAUCGCUACUCCAUGGUGGAGAAUAGAAAACAAGGGAGGUAAUUGGGAGGUAAUUGUGUUAUUAUUUCCGGCGUAAACGAGUGAGAAUGACACCUAUGAUCGUAUUAUUGUGAGUUGACAACCUAUUGAGCAAAAGACAUGGAAAUAAUUACGUUUUGACUUUCUUAGAAAAUUUGCAAUUUCCGCUUUAAUAAGCCAGAGAAAAUAUAUUUGGAAUGAGAGAAAGCGUAGUUUUAAAUCAAAGCCCACUUUCUGAUGCUGUCUUUAAGCUGUUCAGACCUAAAUGUGAUUAAAAUUAUU